AGGCAUGACGAGUGCGCUACAGUUCGUUCAAACGAAAAAGAUCAAGCAUUUUGGCAUUCUGAAGAUCUAUGGAACCGACGCUGACCUCCAAAGCUAUGGCCCAGCUCUGUUGAAGAAGACAACGGCGAAAUUAAGAUCUGUCAUUCCAGCUUCGGAAUAUGGGAAAUCGUCACACAUUAUUUUUGGCUUCGGAUACUACAGCUACGACUUCAAGGACUCUUACAACACUCUGAAGGCGACGGUGACAAAACUGACUUCGGAUGACGUGACCGUGGUAGUUAUUAUUACGUGCGUGUUGACGGUGCGCAGCCUGUCAACCUGCAAGGCAAUGCCUGCAAGUGCCUGGGAUCCAAAAAACAAUAUGAUGUCAUCGAUGAAGAAUACGAUCCCCAUGAAGACUACAUCGUUCGCUACCAACGCAAAAAUAGUUGCUUUCGCAUUCCAGAUGGGCGUGUUGAAUUACCAUAUGCCCGUAAGGUUUAUGAAGCCGGAGUACGCGGCGUAUCAACGUUGUACCCGUUUUGCCAUAGGCAGCAUGCCAGAGUCAUGCGAAGGCAGUACCACGAAACUACAAAGUGAGAAGGUAAUGGCUGGCAUUAAUACAGCUGUCAACAGAACUUUUUUCAUUACCUUUGAUUCGCUGGACACAAUGAAGGAAAAGGCUGAUUUAGUUAUGAGUAGCAAGGACAGAAAACACAAAUUCACUUGGUUUCUCUUCAAUGUGCACUUGACGGACGUCACCAAUGUUUGCUUCACACCAAAGCCAGGAGUAGCUCCCAGUACGGAGAUGCAACGCUUGAAAAAAUUCAGAGAGUUCUACUACGCAGAGAGCCAGAAGUACAUAUCUGGAUGAACAAGCGAAACGGUGGCCACCGAUUAUUUGCGUGAAACAUGCAGCCCGAGUUGUUUGUUUUUUCUUUUUUCAUGGGGAGGGGGGGGUCGCAUGAAUCUAUUCUCAUUCUCACAAAGAGAAUCAUACAAUGGCGUUGUACGCGGGUCUCUGAGAUAGUUUGGUUACGUUAAUUAAAAUAGUUGCCACACAGCCUAAGCAGCUGUU